CUGCGUACGUGUAUUGUUCGUGGAAAAAAUAAAAAGCCGUGAGUUGGAGUGAGUGAAGCCCUAAAGUCAUCAUCGAGGUGUCUUUGAUCGAACUGCUGCGAUCUGGUGUGCGUGACGCCGAGAGAGUGGAGGUGAAUUUAUAAAACCGGAGUCAACGCGGGAAUUUAACCGUCACCAGCUCAAAUAAAUCAGUGCGAGUAUAUCGACAAAUCGAGAAGGAUGUUUCACCUCAAUAAAUUAUCAUUGAAACCGGUGGCUGAUAUGCCUGGGGUGCUGGCUCGUGCUGUUCCAGCAGCCCUCCAGGCUCGUGGUUAUGCCGAUCAUCAGAUACCUGAUCGCCUCAAGGAUAUUCCAAAUGCUGAGAAUCCAAAAUUCUUCAACAUGAUUGAGUACUUCUUUCAUCGAUCCUGUCAAAUUGCCGAGGACAAACUCGUCGAGGAAAUUGGGAGACGAUCCAAAUCCACCAUAGAGGAGAGACGGAAGAAAGUCAAGGGAAUUCUCAUGAUGAUGGAACCCUGCGAUCACAUUCUGGAGACAACUUUUCCUCUGAAACGUGACUCUGGGGAUUAUGAGAUGAUCACAGGGUACAGGGCACAACAUUCUACUCAUCGAACUCCAUGCAAAGGCGGUAUUCGAUUCUCUAUGGAUGUCAGCAGAGACGAAGUCAAGGCUCUUUCCGCUCUCAUGACCUUCAAGUGCGCCUGUGUUGAUGUACCAUUUGGUGGUGCCAAGGCGGGCAUUAAAAUCGAUCCUAAAAAGUACUCUGAGCACGAGCUGGAGAAGAUAACCCGUAGAUUCACACUGGAAUUGGCUAAGAAGGGAUUUAUUGGUCCUGGUGUUGAUGUACCAGCUCCAGACAUGGGGACGGGUGAGCGUGAAAUGUCCUGGAUCGCUGAUACCUUCGCCAAGACAAUUGGCCAUCUCGAUAUUAAUGCUCAUGCCUGUGUCACUGGUAAACCCAUAAAUCAGGGUGGAAUUCAUGGUCGAAUUUCUGCUACUGGACGAGGUGUUUUUCAUGGGCUUGAGAAUUUCAUCAACGAGGCUAAUUUCAUGAGCAUGAUUGGCACAACACCAGGAUGGGGUGGCAAGACUUUCAUUAUUCAAGGAUUCGGUAAUGUUGGACUCCACUCGAUGCGUUACCUCCAUCGGGCUGGGGCUACCUGCAUCGGUGUCAUCGAGCACGAUGGAUCCAUCUACAAUUCCGAGGGAAUUGAUCCCAAGGCCCUCGAGGAUUACAGACUCGAUAAUGGAACUAUUGUGGGAUUCCCUGGGGCUCAGCCCUACGAGGGAGAGAAUCUCAUGUUCGAACCUUGUGAUAUCUUUAUUCCUGCUGCCGUUGAGAAAGUUAUCAAUAAGGAUAAUGCUGGACGUAUUCAGGCUAAGAUAAUUGCCGAGGCUGCCAACGGGCCAACAACUCCAGCAGCCGAUAAGAUUCUAAUCGAGAGAAAUAUUCUGGUAAUUCCCGAUCUUUACAUAAACGCCGGUGGUGUCACAGUCUCCUUCUUCGAGUGGCUGAAAAACCUCAAUCACGUAUCGUAUGGUAGACUCACAUUCAAGUACGAGAGAGAAUCCAAUUAUCACUUACUGGAAUCCGUCCAGGAAUCGCUUGAACGUCGAUUUGGACGUGUUGGGGGAAGAAUUCCUGUCACGCCAUCCGAGGCUUUCAAUAAGAAGAUUGCUGGUGCAUCCGAAAAAGAUAUUGUUCAUUCCGGUCUCGAUUACACAAUGGAGCGAUCGGCUAGGGCUAUCAUGAAGACUGCCAUGAAGUUCAAUCUGGGCCUGGACUUGAGGACAGCUGCCUACGUAAAUUCCGUCGAGAAAAUCUUCACCACCUAUUCCGAGGCAGGUCUUGCAUUCUAAGAGCCUAGUCACAAUGAAAAUAAAAACGAGGGAGAGAGUGUCAGCCAGUAUUCACGGAUUAUCGUCGACUCCAUCUUUAAAAUAAUAAAUAAAAAAAUCCUUCACAACUUUAAAACUACUCCAUAACCGACGAAAAUCAAUAAUUCGUCUUUUUCAAAUGAAUAAUAUGGAUUUUUUACCAAUUGUGAGGGGAGAGAAAUCGCCUCGAUCACUGUUAAAUAUCAAAAGCAAUGAAAGUGCUCAGAAGACUCGAGAGUUAUCACUAGUUAUCAGUAAAUUGUCACGCAGCAUCGAUAGUCAAUGCAUUACGAUAGUAAAACGAUACUUAACUCAAACGGGUGCAACAUCAAGAAACGUCAAGGAAUCAAAAGUAUCCACAACCAGGCAAUUGUUCAAAUUUCAUGAAUUUUUUUAUAAAUCAAUUUUUAUCGA